GCCGCUUUCUUUGUGUGGCUCGAGCUCUGCAAAUGGCCUAUUUCCCUUCCCUCCAUUAAAAACAAAGCGCAGACCCCGUCGCCCCCUUCCUCCCGCCGGAAUGGGGUCGCGGAGUGGGUGGGAGAGCGCUCUGCGGCCGAAGGCAGGGGCGGAAAGGCUGAGGCGCGGGCUUGACAGGGGCCGGGUCCGGGAGGGAUGCUGGGAGCUUUGACUCACUCGCACACCAUGUGUCCCUCCGCGCGCAGCACGGGGGACUUUUCGGUGGGGAUUUUGGGCGCCGACCAGACGCGGCAUUUUCGGAAAAUAGCGCCCUGUGCAGCUGAAGCGCUUUGUGUGUAGCGGGGCCGCGUCAGCCCGGCCGGGUACGAGGCGCCUCGGGUCCCCGCACCACCUCCUGCUGCUCCCCCGUCGCCGCUCCCGAAGCUUUUCCAGCCAAAUAUCAAGGGACUUCAAGGCAAGUUGUCUUGGCACUGAGCAGAACAGGAGAAAAAAAAGAGAAAAAUGUCCCUGGUAGAUUUGGGAAAGAAGCUUUUAGAAGCAGCACGAGCAGGUCAAGAUGAUGAAGUUCGUAUUUUGAUGGCAAAUGGAGCUCCUUUUACUACAGACUGGCUGGGAACCUCUCCACUUCAUCUGGCAGCACAGUAUGGGCAUUAUUCCACCACAGAAGUUCUACUCCGAGCUGGUGUAAGUAGGGAUGCAAGAACCAAAGUGGACCGAACGCCAUUACAUAUGGCAGCUUCAGAGGGCCAUGCCAGCAUAGUAGAGGUUUUGCUUAAGCAUGGUGCUGAUGUUAAUGCUAAGGAUAUGCUGAAGAUGACAGCUCUACAUUGGGCCACAGAACAUAAUCAUCAAGAAGUGGUGGAACUUUUAAUCAAAUAUGGUGCUGAUGUACACACACAAAGUAAAUUUUGUAAAACUGCAUUUGAUAUUUCAAUAGACAAUGGGAAUGAAGAUUUGGCAGAGAUACUACAGAUUGCUAUGCAGAAUCAAAUCAACACCAACCCAGAGAGUCCGGACACUGUGACGAUACAUGCCGCCACACCACAGUUCAUCAUUGGACCUGGAGGGGUGGUGAACCUAACAGGUCUGGUAUCUUCAGAAAAUUCAUCCAAGGCAACAGAUGAAACAGGUGUAUCUGCUGUUCAAUUUGGAAACUCCUCUACAUCAGUAUUAGCUACAUUAGCUGCCUUAGCUGAAGCAUCUGCUCCGCUGUCCAAUUCUUCAGAAACUCCAGUAGUGGCUACGGAGGAGGUAGUUACUGCAGAAUCUGUCGAUGGUGCCAUUCAACAAGUAGUUAGUUCAGGUGGUCAGCAAGUCAUCACAAUAGUCACAGAUGGAAUUCAGCUUGGAAAUUUGCACUCCAUUCCAACCAGUGGAAUAGGUCAGCCCAUCAUUGUGACCAUGCCAGAUGGACAACAAGUAUUAACAGUACCAGCAACGGACAUUGCUGAAGAAACUGUUAUAAGUGAAGAACCACCAGCUAAGAGACAAUGUAUCGAAAUAAUUGAAAACCGGGUGGAAUCUGCAGAAAUAGAAGAGAGAGAAGCUCUUCAGAAACAGCUGGAUGAAGCAAAUCGAGAAGCACAAAAAUACCGACAGCAGCUUCUAAAGAAAGAGCAGGAAGCAGAGGCCUACAGACAAAAAUUAGAAGCUAUGACUCGUCUUCAGACUAAUAAAGAAGCUGUGUAGUUGAAAUGAACACAUAAUUUGAAUUUACUUUUGGUUAAGAAAGAACACAGUCUUGAACUGUACACAGCAAGGUGCAGUCGCCGGAAGCCAGGAUAACAGAAGAGACUACAGAUCGAUGAUCGGACUUAAGCCAUGAGCUCUGAAUUCUUGUAACAUAAAACUUUACUUUAGAAGUUGUGAAAUGUAUUUAAAACUGAAUUCUGUAAAUAGUUUUUGUUUUUUUACAGUUCCAAAUGAGUUAUAAAGAUUGUUGAAGAGAUCCAAAAACACAAUAAGCCACUGUUUUUGUGAAUUCUUUUUGAUUUUAGUAUGAACCUUAAUUUCUCAGACACAGAACAGUUUUAAGGGUGAUCGUUGUUGAUUAGACCAAACGUUAUGUAAUAAUUAUGUGGUGGACUGAUGCUGGAAUUACUCCUGUAGGUAUAAACUUCUAUAUGAAGAGAAGAUUUCUCCCAGGAAAUCUUUGUACAGCUUUAAGUUGUCUCAGAUUCUCUGAAAACAUUUUUUAGAAAGCAAAUUUUUAUAUUUGUUCAAUUUCAGCUAUACCCAAGUAGAUUUACAUGUAUAUGAAGCAAAUAUUUUUUAAAAUUUCUGUUUGUACAUAUUCUGCAUGUUUUAUAAUUUCAAAAUGCAUCACUUGCAUAGGUAUUUUUCCCACACAGAUGAUGAAAGUUAACUAGGGGGAAAAAAAUCCUUUUAUUCGGUAGGUCAUUGAAAGUUAAGUAAGCUAGCAGCUGGUUUUAUUGGAAUGACAAUGUUCUUAGAAGGAGCAGCUUACAAGAUAACUUGAAUUUGCAAACUGCAAAAUCUAUUCUUUUUUGAAAAUUUCAUAGUGGGGAUGUGAAACUGUAUUCUGUGCCUUCCAUCAUGAUUUCCACAUGAAAGCACUUUAAGGCACUGAAUUUUAAGAUAAUGUUUUGGAAUACUCAGAGUAUAUGGGUUUCUGAAAUAUUUCAUGGACUCAUUUCCCCCAAGAAAUUAUUCUUAUGGAAAAAAAUGCUUUUGUAUGUAGAACAAGAAAUUUUGUACUACGGUGAUGCUAUAGAUAUGUCUAACAUAACUUUUACUUUUCCCUGUGAAAGCUGUAUGUCUGUGCUGUGACUUGCUCUCAUCACAAUAUUGUUGAAUUCCACAUUAAUGUAUGGACAUUAAACUCUGACAUACUGUUCAUUCUUUUUUUGUAAAACAGAACUUCAAACUCUUUUUUUCUUGCUUUGUUUUUUAAUGUCUUUUUGCUUUAUGAAAAUGUUUAACCCUAAGACCCUUCUAGAUUACCAUCUGUAUAAAGAAGCAAUUACCCUUAAAACUGUACUCUGGCCUACUUUUCUAUUUUACAAUUAAAUAUCUUUUCCACAUA